CUAGGCUCGGCUCUGGCUGCAGCUCCUGUGGGGGUGGGCGGCUAGGAUGACAGCGGCGGUGGCAGCGGCUGCGGCUCCGAGCUGAGAGAGCAGAGAGCUAGCCCGCGGAAGAGCAGGAAGUGGAGCCGCUGCCCGGGGCUCCUCACCCAGCAGCCGCGCCGAGGUCUGCCGGUUUUGCAAAGCGAUCCGCGUCCGGAUCUGGGAAGACUUCCCCGCGGGGCUCCGGCUGCCGUGCCGCGCCCGCCGCCGGCGCCUGCUCUGCCCUGCCCUGCCCGUCCCAGUCCCGGGUUCCGCGGUCCGGAGCGAGCUGCCGAGCGCCUGCCUGAUCCCCCGCCCGACCCGGUGCGCUGGGCAGGACCCCGCCAGUAGCUCCGCGCGGGUCCACAGUUGCGGGCUUGUUUCCAGCCCUUCUAAUCCGUGUGUACUAGAGCCCCAGCCCUCUGUCCCGGCUUAGCGCAAGGUGGCUCCAGCCCCGCCUGAGUACAGCGGAACCGGGGUCCCGGAGCACCGAACCUUCCGCCGCCUUCGACAGACUGCCUGGAACUUGGAACCCUUUGAGCGCCCGGGAAGCCGCGGCCGGGAUCCCGCGCCUGGUCAGGGGUUCCAGGCAGGCGGGACAAUCGGACUAAACCCUUGGGCUGGUGCUGUGAGCCGAAGUUACCGCCUUCCUCCCGCCCCACAAGGGACCCGGCGCUUGCCCGGAGAAAAGCACAAGGGCCCCUUCUGCCUUGCCGGCCGGCAGGAACCGAGGCUGCAGCCCUCUUCAAGCUCAAGUUGGGGGAAUCUUCCAGAAGCCAGCUGCCAUCUGAAGGGUAAACCUUGAGGGCCAAGAAGGCUGGAAGCCUGAGAGCGCCAACAGACUAGGAAAUAGCAGCUGAGUUUCCGGUUCCAACUGAGGCUGUGAGCGCAAGGCUAGAUGGGAGAGUCCUGGGAGCUCAUCCAGUGAAGCAUCGUCACUGCCCUUGUGGACGAGACACCCCACGGAGGACAGCCCAGACGCUGGUAUCUUCUUCCAGGACCAGCUGGGGGCCUCCAUGGGUGCUUGAGAGCCGGGCACCAGGGCUGCGGGACGAGCAUGGUGAGACACCAGCCCCUGCAGUACUAUGAGCCACAGCUGUGCCUCUCGUGCCUCACAGGCAUCUACGGCUGCCGCUGGAAGCGCUACCAGCGCUCGCAUGAUGACACCACACCGUGGGAGCGUCUUUGGUUCCUGCUGCUCACCUUCACCUUCGGCCUCACGCUCACCUGGCUCUACUUCUGGUGGGAAGUCCAUAACGACUACGAUGAAUUCAACUGGUACCUCUACAACCGCAUGGGCUACUGGAGCGACUGGUCUGUGCCCAUUCUUGUGACUACAGCCACUGCCUUCACAUACAUUGCAGGCCUCUUGGUGCUGGCACUAUGUCACAUCGUCGUGGGACAGCAGAUGAACCUGCACUGGCUGCACAAGAUUGGGCUGGUGGCCAUCCUGGCCUCCACGGUGGUGGCCAUGUCGGCAGUGGCCCAGCUGUGGGAGGACGAGUGGGAGGUGCUGCUCAUCUCCCUGCAGGGCACAUCGCCAUUCCUGCACUUGGGAGCCCUGGCUGCGGUCACGCUGCUCUCCUGGAUCGUGGCAGGACAGUUUGCCCGCGCAGAGCGGUCCUCUUCCCAGGUGACCAUUCUCUGCACCUUCUUCACCGUGGUCUUCGCCCUCUACCUGGCCCCUCUCACCAUCUCCUCUCCUUGCAUCAUGGAGAAAAAGGACCUGGGCCCAAAGCCUGCCCUUAUCGGCCAUCGUGGGGCACCCAUGCUGGCUCCAGAGCACACACUGAUGUCCUUCCGGAAGGCCCUCGAGCAGAAGCUGUAUGGGAUCCAGGCUGACAUCACCAUCAGCCUGGAUGGUGUGCCUUUCCUCAUGCACGACGCUACCCUGCGGCGAACCACCAACGUGGAGCAGGUGUUCCCGGAGCUCGCCCGCAGACCCGCCUCCAUGCUCAACUGGACCGUCCUGCAGAGGCUCAACGCGGGCCAGUGGUUCCUGAAGACGGAUCCCUUCUGGACGGCCAGCUCCCUGUCACCCUCCGACCACAGGGAGGCCCAGAACCAAUCCAUCUGCAGCCUGGAUGAGCUGCUGGAGCUGGUCAAGGGCAACACCACACUGCUGCUCAACCUGCGCGAACCACCCCGUGACCAUCCCUUCCGCAGCAGCUUCGUGAAUGUCACGCUGGAGACGCUGCUGCACUCCGGCUUCCCGCAGCACCAGGUCCUGUGGCUGCUUAAUAGGCAGAGGCCCCUUGUGCGGAAGGUAGCUCCCGGCUUCCAGCAGACAGCAGGCUCCAAGGAGGCAGUGGCCAGCCUGCGGCGAGGCCACAUCCAGCGGCUGAAUCUGCGCUACACUCAGGUGUCCGGCCAAGAGCUCAGGGACUAUGCAUCCUGGAACCUGAGUGUGAACCUCUACACUGUCAACGCGCCGUGGCUCUUUUCCCUGCUGUGGUGCACUGGGAUCCCAUCUGUCACCUCUGACAACUCCCACAUCCUGUCCCAGGUGCCUUCCCCCCUCUGGAUCAUGCCCCCAGAAGAGUACUGUCUUAUGUGGGUCACCGCCGACCUGAUCUCCUUCACCCUCAUCGUCGGCAUCUUCGUGUUCCAGAACUAUCACUUGAUCAGGUGGCGCCUGGGUGGCAUACGGAGCUACAAUCCUGAGCAGAUCAUGCUGAGCGCCGCAGUGCGCCGAACCAGCCGGGACGUCAGUAUCAUGAAGGAAAAGCUCAUUUUCUCAGAGAUCAGUGAUGGUGUGGAGGUCUCGGAUGAGUUCUCCAUGUGCUCAGACAGCAGUUACGACACAUAUGCCAACAGCACUGCCCCCCCCAGGGGCCCCCGAGGAGGCAGCAGCCAAGCCAAGACUCUCACAGACCAAGGUGGACGUUAGCCGAAGACCUGUCUGUCCCCAGCCUUACCUAAUGUAGAAGUACGGGGUGCCCGGGAGGCUGGCAGAGCAUGUGCGCUUGGAGGGAGUGCUCUGGGAGCUGGCUCCAGGCCCUUCCUUGUUAGCCAUGGCCUCCUGGGGUGGGGUGUCACCUCUCCCCUGAGGCUAGUUGGGCCAGACUCCCAGAGGCCCCUGCAGGCCUGGGGCUCCUGGGAAGAGCAGAGCCUGGCCCUGAGGUUCCGUUCUUACGGCCCUGCCCUCCGUCAUAUUUCUACUGGGAAGCUCUACUGGGUCACUGGAUCAUGCCAUGUCCCCCCUGGCAGUGGAAGAUGCAGAUGUGCACCCUUGCCCCUGUGUGUCUGCCCACCUCUCCGUGCCAUGAGGCAAACUUCUCUGUUUUACCCUCUUUCGAAGACCGGGCUGGGCCUCCCCCGCCCCUGGCAGCUCUGCUCCCCACAUCAGUCUCAAAGCACAAGGAGGCUCAGCCAGGAGGAAGGCCAGUGGCCAUGAUGGAAACAUUUCUGAGGUGACCAGCCUCCCCCCACCCCUGACCCCUGCCCUAGCAGAGGACUGGAGCCAUAUCCCCUAAGGGCAGCCGAAGAUGGCCCAAGAUGCAGGCUCAGGUGUGCUCUGCCACACAUGCAAAUGUCCAGCAAGCCUCUGGGCAGGAGUGGCCCUGGGGCCCAGGAGAUCCACAGACUGACAGACCUCAGAGUCCCACAUCAGCAGCCAUAGGGCAGGGGCCACUUGGCAACACGUCAAGCGUGGGCCUGUGGCUCAGCUGGCCUGCAACAGAGGGAGCCUGAGGACCUCAACCAGGACGAUUAAAGCUGCCAUCUUGA